GGAAGAAAAAUCGGAUUGCCCCCGUCCCCUCUCCCCUCCCCGAGACGAAUCCCCAUUAAAAAGCAAAAACAACAAGAAUAACAGCAAACUUGCUAUCACCCUGUCCGCCCUCCACUCCCGGCACCAUGAAGGCGGCCGUCGAUCUCAAACCGACCCUCACCAUCAUCAAGACGGAAAAAGUGGAUCUGGAGCUUUUUCCCUCCCCGGAUAUGGAAUGUGCAGACGUCCCGCUACUAACCCCAAGCAGCAAAGAAAUGAUGUCUCAGGCAUUGAAAGCCACUUUCAGCGGUUUCUCCAAAGAGCAGCAAAGACUGGGGAUCCCAAAAGACCCCCGGCAGUGGACAGAGACCCACGUGCGGGACUGGGUGAUGUGGGCUGUCAACGAGUUCAGCCUGAAGGGCGUGGACUUCCAGAAGUUCUGCAUGAACGGAGCCGCGCUCUGUGCGCUGGGCAAAGACUGCUUCCUGGAGCUGGCCCCGGACUUCGUUGGGGACAUCUUGUGGGAACAUCUGGAGAUCCUGCAGAAAGAGGAUGUGAAACCCUAUCAAGUGAAUGGAGUCAACCCCACUUACCCAGAAUCCCGUUAUACCUCGGACUACUUCAUUAGCUAUGGUAUCGAGCAUGCUCAGUGUGUUCCUCCCUCGGAGUUCUCAGAGCCCAGCUUCAUCACAGAGUCCUACCAGACACUCCACCCCAUCAGCUCCGAGGAGCUCCUCUCCCUCAAGUAUGAGAACGACUACCCCUCGGUCAUUCUCCGGGACCCUCUGCAGACAGACACCUUGCAGACUGACUACUUUGCCAUCAAACAAGAAGUCGUCACACCAGACAACAUGUGCAUGGGGAGGACCAGUCGUGGUAAACUCGGGGGCCAGGACUCUUUUGAGAGCAUAGAGAGCUACGAUAGUUGUGACCGCCUCACCCAGUCCUGGAGCAGCCAGUCAUCUUUCAACAGCCUGCAGCGCGUUCCCUCCUAUGACAGCUUCGACUCCGAGGACUAUCCAGCCGCCCUGCCCAACCACAAUCCCAAGGGCACCUUCAAGGACUAUGUGCGUGACCGUGCUGACCUCAACAAUUCGCUGCUGCCCUGGCUGGCUACACAGGUGGCCAGGAGAUGGGGGAAAAGGAAAAACAAGCCCAAGAUGAAUUAUGAGAAACUGAGCCGUGGCCUCCGCUACUAUUAUGACAAAAACAUCAUCCACAAGACAGCGGGCAAGCGCUACGUGUACCGCUUUGUGUGUGACCUGCAGAGCCUCCUGGGGUACACGCCCGAGGAGCUCCACGCCAUGCUGGAUGUCAAGCCGGACGCCGAUGAGUGACGGGCACCUGGGGGGCCAGGGAAACUCUGCUGAGACAUUUCAAAGACCCACGUCGGUUGGACUCUUACUUUUUAAUGGUUAUUCUAUUUUUAAUUUUCCAGACUCGUUUUUUUUUUUUUUUACAUUCAGGGGUGGGAGCUAAGUGAACUGCAGCUAUAAUCAAGUAUGUGUGGUUGGCAAAGGAGAGCCAGGACUGGUGGGGUGGGUGGGACAAGAAAUUCUUGAGCAAAUUUGCAGGAGAGAGAGAGAGAAAGGUCUCCUUAGAAGCUUGAAGAAUCUGGCUUGAGGGAGGACUAGAUGCGUAUGUCUGAUAAUUUUUUAAAAAUCAUCCAUGGGGGAAAAAAAAAGUGCCUCAUGGGAUGAACUUAUUAGCAUAAGCAAUUGAGGCAUCAGGGGUCAUGAGAUGGAUGAAGGGCAAUUCGUUUGCUUCUGUUUUUCGGUCUGGGCGGGGCCAAAAAGAGGGAGGUGGGGUAGGGCAAUUUGUUUGGGGGGGGGAGUGCCCCAAAACCAAGGACUAUUUACAUUUUAUUCUACUUUUAAAACAAAGGUGGACUUCCGUGGGGGAGGGACCAAAACUGUUUUUGUGUUGGAAUUUAUUUUAUUAAAUUUUGUGCCAGUAUUUUUUUUCUUCUUAAAAAUCGUCUUAAGCUCUAAGGUGGUCUCAGUAUCGCAGUAUCAUGCAAGGUUGUUUUCAUUUGCCAGCUGAGGAUUCUGUCACAGCGAAAGGAAACUGUUUAUAUAGACCCCACUGGAAAGGCAAAGUGCUGUCACUGAGAUCGGACCCCAGAUCCAGGUGGCUUUCUAGAUGAAGGAACAAAUGAUGCUGAUUUGGGGACAAGGGACCUGUGCAUGUGAAUGUCAUCUGUAAUUUAAAAAAAAAAAAAAGAUCAUCACGCCCCUCUAUGUAUUUGUCGUUAGUGGAUUCUCGGGGUUUAGACUUAAUGUUGAGCUAAGAAGCAUUAAGUGUUCAACUUGAAUGUAUUUGGCAGCCCUGGGUGGGGAGCACAGUGAAUCCGGAGCUGGACAGGACAUCGAGGAGGAGGGUUGACUUGGUUCUUUUCUUAUGAUUAGGAAUCAAAGCUGUGUGCCUGGGCAUUACCCCUCGGGUCUUAGGAAGUAAGUCCCGAAUGCAUGUUAUUCCCAACUAACACUUUAUCUUUUAUGUCUCAUCCUCUCAGCCUCCCAUACUUCUUGCUCUCCCCCCUGCCCCCCCCCCCCCACACACACACACAUACACUCUUAUUCAGUGCAGAGAAAUGUAAAGCUUUCUGAUUGGGGAGUGAACGAGUGACAGCCGACAUGAGUUGAAGAGCAUAUGAUAAAGCCAUUUAGACUCAUUGGGUGUUUGGCGCAAUGGAAACUGUGGGUGCCUAGAAGCCAAGGGUGGCUUGGCUGUCUUCCGGAGGAGAAGCGCAAGGCUUUCCUCUGAAGGCCUUAGGCUUAGUUGAGUGGGAUGUCCAUCCAGCAAGACCGCGCAUGCGGAGCGCACAGUGCAGCUGCUGUUCGGGUCUUGCACUUGGACCGCUGUCGUGGCACAGGGUAAGGGAAGGCUCAUGGCAGAAGAGAGGAAUGACUAGAAGGCAAAGGAAACAGAAGCACAGGAGCUUGAAGGAAGACAAUGAGGUGGUCCGUGAGAUGUGAAUCUAUUUUUCGUUCCCCCAUAAUUUAAACAACGGAGGCAGUUGUGAAGGGUAAUCUGAAAAUGGAGGUUGGGUCUGGGGUCGGGGGAGGGCCAACAUCUAAGUAAUGAAGACAAGUUCCUAAUUCCAUCAGAAUCCCCACCAUGGCCGAGAUGCCUGAUUAAAAAGGGUGCGGGCUGUGGGACGGCUUUGCCGACUGCAGCGAGAGAGGAAGAGGCGGUUAAGGUGGGCUUCUCAGGGCUGGCUUCCCCAGGCUCUAGCUGAGUAACCGGAAGUGCUCACCACUUCCGGCGCAUCUUCAGGAACGUGGGUUGUUCACUCCGGGUCCUCUCGCAGGCCCUGACUGUCAGGAACUUAGCUCUGUGACUCACGCUGAUCAAGCAGAGCGUCUACUUGGAAGGCCAAGGCAGAAUCCGCCCAGCUGUAUGUUUUGAUCUUCUUCCAAUUGCAGGUGCCUUAAUGAAGCUCUCGAGAUGUUUUAGGAGCUGCUCAGGGAGGGUCGGCGGAACUGUUGGACUACAUGGUUUUCUCUUAGGUUAUUUGAUCUUUGUUGGGCACGGGCAAAGGUGUGCGUGCAUGUGUAAGUGCCUGUGUGCGUGCAUGUGUAUGUGCGUGUGUGAGUGCAUGUGUGUGUGUGUGUGUGUGUUUGCAGACAUGCAAAACUGCAGCUGAGAUAAUACCUGGGUUUUCUAGGGACACCUCUCCACAUGUCAGUCUCAGGCGCAGGUAGAACCAAAGGCUGGGCAUCAGUCAUGGCUUGCUGUUUGCAGCCAGGCGUACAAUCACCUGCCCAACUCAUCCACCUUCCCUGUUCCAUUGAUGCCCAAAACUCCCCUCGUGCGAGUGUCUAACCCCUGCAGCCACCCCACAGCAGCUCCGAUGUAAGAAAGUGCCUCCUGUGCUCCCCAGCCCGCUUGCUCGCUGCGCCGCCUUUCUCUGCAGGUCCACCGUUUUCAGUAUUUAUAGAUAGUUUGUUAGUUAAGACCGCUUUGUUGAUCUGGCCAGAUGCCUUCUUCUCCUUCUGUCCAAAGGCCAGAGACCAUCCCAGGAAGAGUGGUGGGUGGUUUAUACACUGGAAAUGCAGCAGAAUUGUUGCAUUUAUGCUUUUUUUAAAAAAACACACACAUGUUAGCUUCAGAGGAAGGAUGGGCAAAUCGGGUGUAGCCGGGAGAAACCCUGUUUUCUUGGAGAUGCCUUCACCCACGUCAGUGCUGGCUGUCGGGUUCAGAGUCCCUCUGGUUCCCUUCUCCAUGCAGAGGCCGCUGGGGACUUUGGUGCACGGCGCCCUGGUUGGGUGGCGGCGGGGAUUGGAGGUAGCAUUCCAGGAUCAGAUGUGCUGUUCCUCACUUUGGAAGUGAGCUCUCCGGGUUUUAGAGCAUUAACCUGCCUGUCUUCAUGGUGGAAACGACACCCCCUCUCUUCUAGCCAUGCUGUGCAUGCUGCUUUCUCCGUUGGGGUCUAUAUAAAUGUGUUAGCUCUUACCUACAUUCCAAAGAAGUUUCAAGGAACCAUAAGUAUAUGUAUCCAGAUACAUAUAUGAAAGAUAUAUAUGAAAAUGAAACUAUCUCUAUCAGGAAUACUGCCUCAGUUAUUGAACUUUUUUUAAAGAAUACUUUUUUUUUUAAGCUGAGAAAUAUAGGGGUAAAAAGAUGUUAUAUUGUGUUUGACUAUUUUCCAACUUGUAUUUUCAUAUAAUUUAUAUUUUUUAAAAAGCUGAACAUUUAAAAGCAAGAUGAAAAAAAAAAAAAGGAAAAGCAGGUGCUUUUUAAAACUCAGAACUGAGGUAGCUUAGAGAUGUAGCCAUUUAAGUGUCUGUUUUGUUUUUUGUUUUGUUUUAUAAAUGCAAAAAAUUUCUUAUGGGGGAGUUUUUGUCUGUAUUUUAGUAGCUGAUGCUGGCACAUCAUUUUCCUGAAGAGUUUUUUAUAUCCUGUAGCCUGAUUUCCUAUUGUAUUUUAAACUGUGUGAGAUUAAAGACAAAGAAAUUCCUUUAUAACGA